AUGUCUGAUCGAGGCCGCUCCCCAGCCGGCUCUGCGCAUGGCGCCUCACCCCAAUCCCGGCCACCGUCUGUGGCAGGCUCUAGCCGAAGCCGAGCUGCUUCCCCAGCGCAGACUUCAGGCUCCGGUGAUCCCAAGACUGGAUGGGCGCCUAGCAUGGGAUUCGACCCGGCAAAGCCACCGAGCAAGGAUCGAAAGGGCAACACCCGCAUGGAACUGCCUCCAGAUGCCUUCAUUUCCAACGAGGAUCGCAAAGAUAUUUUUGCUACUCGUGGAAAUAAAUUUAAUACCGAGGGUCGUAUGGAAAAGGUUGAAGUCAAUCAGUUUCGUAUGACCAAGUUUGACUUCAAUAAGAAAAUAUAUCAGUAUGAUAUUGUCCUUUCACCUGAACCGGAGAAACGUGGACCGGUGAUGAAGAAGAUUUGGGCUCACGCAAAUCUUCGACAGGCGCUGUCUGCCUACAACUACCAAAUGUGGAUUAUCGAUGGCUCUAGACUGGCAUGGUCUCCUUCUUUGGUGGAUCGCGGCGAGGUUCGCGUCAUUGUUGAUCUUGAUGAUGGUCAGCCUCCAGCUCGUGCUGGCCGCUCCAACAAGUUCCACGUCAUUUUGCGCAAUACAACGGAAAUUCAGAUGGGUGUUCUUCGAGGAUACCUGGAGAGAAAAAUCCAAUUCAACAACAACGUUCAGGAAGCACUCAACUUCAUGGACCACCUUAUUCGCCAGUGGCCAUCGGAGCAUUUACUCGCCAUCAAGCGCAAUUUCUACAAGAAGAAUGAGCCUGGAAUCCCUCUCCUACGUGAUGGUGUUAUUGAAGUUCACAAAGGAACGUACGCUUCGCUGAGACUCUCCAAUAAUCUCAGCAACGGAGGCAUUGGUCUGGCUCUUAACGCAGAUGUUACUAACACCUGCUUUUGGACUGGCCGCCAAACAUUGGAUCAGAUCAUGGUCAACUUUAUGGCCUCUCUUGACCCUAAGCGUUAUAGGGGUAUUAACCCGGCGACCACGACGCUUUUUAGGCCCUCGCAAAACAAUAGAGGGGAGUGGCAGUCAUCUGAUGCUUUUAAGCAGCUGCGAAAGCUGCGAAAACUCAAGUUCACCAUCAGACACAACAACCGCAACCCCAAAGUUGCUGAGAAGGUAUACACAGUGGUGGACUUUUUAUUUGACCAGAAGUACGGCGGAGAGGGCGCCAAUGCCAGAACUGUCACGUUCGACUACAACGGACGACAGUUGUCUGUCGCGGAUUACUACCGAGAGAAGUAUAACGCUCACUUGCGAUAUGCGCAUCUUCCACUCAUCUCUACGGGUAAAAAUGGCCACAUUCCCAUGGAGUUUGCGUUUGUUGAGCCGAUGCAGCGAUAUGCUUACAAGCUAACCCCCGAUCAAACCGCCGCAAUGAUCAAAAUUGCUGUCACUCGUCCAAAUGUUCGCAAGAGUGACAUCAUGAAGAACGUCGGAGAUCUUCAGCUGCAAAGGGAUCCUUAUCUCAAGCACUAUGGAAUCCAGCUGGAGUCAACAUUUUCGAAGACGGAUGCCAGAGUCUUGAACGCGCCUCUUGUGAACUUUAGACAAGGCACAGCUGACCCCAAGUACUCUGGCCGUUGGGAUUUACGUGGCAAGAAGUUUUUCAGGCAGAACGCGGCACCUCUUAUUAACUGGGGUUUCCUGGUGAUGGAUGACUGUGUCAACCCCAAUCAAGUCCAGCAAUUUGCUCGAACUUUCAAAACAGCUUUCAUGGGCCAUGGAGGUAAAUGCCCAAAUGAUCCAAUGUUCAUUACCGUUCCUGGCAACAUCAAAUCAAACGUCGCCCAAGCGCUUGCACAUGCACACGAAUCAAUUACGCGAGAGCGAGGCUAUACUCAACUCAUCUUUGUUGUUGUUCAGCACAAGAACAGCCCUCAUUAUGAGCGUUUGAAGAAGUCUGCCGACUGCCGUUUCGGUAUUUUGACUCAGGUUGUGAAUGGAAACCAAGUCGCAUCAAACAAUGGCCAGUACCACUCGAAUGUUUGCAUGAAAGUCAAUGCAAAGCUCGGCGGAGCGACAUCACGUACGAACCCCCCGUGGAAGCUGAACCCAGGAGGCACAUAUUUCCCCAAAGAUCGUCCCACAAUGGUCAUUGGAGUUGAUAUCUCUCAUGCUGCUCCUGGUGGACCCUCGCCUUCCGUGGCCGCUAUGACAAUGUCUAUUGAUAGAGACGCAACCAAAUAUGCAGCCAUGGUUGAGACGAAUGGUUAUCGCGUGGAAAUGCUCACUUCUGCCAACAUCAACUUUAUGUUUGGACACCUGAGUAAAGUGUGGAUGGGUGGUCAUGAUCGCCAAUUCCCCAAGCACGUCAUGUAUUUCCGUGACGGCGUUGCCGAAGGCCAGUUUGCUCAUGUCAUGGAGCAAGAGAUUAAAGAGAUCAAGGCUUAUUUUAAACGAGCAGCUCCAGACCAGCCGCUGCCAAAAUUCACGGUGAUUGUGGCCACCAAGCGCCAUCAUAUUCGAUUUUUCCCAGAAAAGGGAGACCGAAACGGCAACGCCUUGCCAGGAACUCUGGUCGAGAAGGAGGUGACACACCCAUUCAUGUUCGACUUCUAUUUGUGCUCGCAUGUAGCUAUUCAAGGCACCGCCAGACCCGUCCACUACCACGUUCUUCUCGAUGAGAUGAACAUUCCGGUCAAUGAGCUACAAAAGAUGAUUUACCAUCAGUGCUAUUCCUAUGCCAGAUCAACAACGCCAGUAUCAUUGCACCCAGCAGUGUACUACGCGCAUCUCGCCGGUGCUCGAGCUCGAGCUCACGAGAAUAUUGCAACCAGCGAAGGUUUCCGAGCCGGCGCAAAGGGUCACGAAAUGAUUCGUGACAAGGUGGCCAAAGGCGAAUCACUCAGUGCCCCUCAACGGGGAAGUGAUGCUCCUGCCCUCCUCCAACUUGGCGGUAGGCCCGAGAAUGCUAAUAGUCCCAUCAAUGGUGAGUUGAGGCAGAGAGACUUCUUCCGAAGCACCAUGUGGUACAUCUAA